AUAUCGAUAAAAAGCUCCGUUAUGUACAUACCCGAGCGACCGGCGCGACGGAAUAUCCGUGAAACUGGAGGGGACAGCCCGGACGACAGUGACGAGUCACGAGGUAGUGGCUUAGCGCCGGUAGCGGGAGACCAGUCUCUAUAAAAGCCGUGCGCACCACGUUUGCUAGGUCAUACAUACGUCGUAGUCAGAACAGAAAGGAAUCACCGAGAGACUUACCACGAGAACGUUACGCGAGUGUUGCACGAGUUUGCGUCAGAACGAAGUUUAGUGAAAGCAUAGAAAGGGAGGAAGAAAUCGCAAGAAGUGAUUCCAGUGGCUGUAAAACAACGCUGAAAAUUUCUUCGACGGACUUUACCGAGUCCAAGAAAAUUCUCACAUUCAGUGAAGUGUGCAAGAGAGGUGCAUUGAGGAUUAAACCACCAAACGAGCAAGCAGAGAUACUGACCGAUAUGACUCGUUGCCAGGAACCACAGUCCUAUCACGUACAGACCACAAUGGCCGAUAGCGGGAAAUCAUCGCGGUGCGAGACAUCUCGCUGCGGAGACACCGUCACGUGCGGCAUGCUGCCAACCCUUAAAGAGCUGGACUCCAGAGGAUGCAACAGCCGGGGGAGCAUUUGUCUGGUGCCCUUCGACAUUGAGAUGGACGCGGCCAGUCACCUUCAGAUGACACUUCUCGAGGCUUAUUGCCGGGAGAUUGGGAUCAAAGUUUUAAGCGUGUCCAAGGAGACUAUACAAUUGUACUUGUGUCCAGGAAACACGGAUCUGUCGUGCGUCCUAAUAAGCGACGACAAGAAUUUUCCGAAGUUGCCGAAGUGAAAUAUAAAGACUCGUCCUUGAGAGCUGAAACUAAAGGGCCAGAUUUCAUGCCGGUCUUUCACAAGCCGAAGUAUUUUGCUGAGAUCUCUGUGUCGGGGAGAAUUCUUCACGCAAAGGAUGAAGAAGGGAGUUUUAACUCGGCAAGCAAUGUGUCCUGUGUGUCUCAUUAGAGAGAUUGCUGAUAAUGGACAUUUUAUAUCGAAAUGUUUAUAAGCGAGAUGUAUUCAAUCGCGCUCGCUAUAUUUUAACUGUUUGAAAGCACUUUCUGUACUUUGAAUUUUCCUCUGUCCUCUUCCUCCAACAUACGAGUACUUAUUUCUAUUUAAAUGCAGAGAGUGUGAAACAGGGAGGUAACUGAGGAGAACAGAUCUGUCAUCAUUGUGGUCAAUCGAAUGGUGUUUCUUUUGGAAUCACUUACUCAAUGAUUGUAGGAUAUGAAAUAUUAAUU